AACAGAAGAAUGACUGCUAUAUACAGAGACCAUUGAAACGUUUCCUAUAGCUGGAAGACACCAAUCCCCCUGACGGGAGCAUUAUUUGCUUUGGAAUUUCAAGUUUAUAGUGCACUCACCUCUCAAAAGUUGGAGGAAUCUAUAGAGAUGGGCAUCAGUGAGUCUCUUCCCAUUACAGAAAGUGACAAGAGGAAGAAGGAAAAACGGAAGGCCCGGGCCACUGACUCCAUGCCAGGAAAGUUUGAAGAUAUGUACAAGCUGACCUCCGAGUUGCUGGGAGAGGGAGCCUAUGGCAAAGUUCAAGGUGCCAUGAGCCUGCAGAAUGGCAAAGAGUAUGCUGUCAAAAUCAUCGAAAAACAAGCAGGGCACAGUCGGAGCCGAGUAUUUCGAGAGGUGGAGACGCUCUAUCAGUGUCAGGGAAACAAGAACAUUUUGGAGCUGAUUGAAUUCUUCGAAGAUGACACAAGGUUUUACUUGGUCUUUGAGAAAUUGCAAGGAGGCUCCAUCUUGGCCCACAUCCAGAAGCGGAAGCACUUCAAUGAGAGAGAAGCCAGCCGAGUGGUGCGGGAUGUUGCUGCAGCUCUUGACUUCCUACAUACCAAAGGCAUUGCUCACCGUGACCUGAAACCAGAAAAUAUCUUGUGUGAGUCUCCAGAAAAGGUGUCUCCAGUGAAAAUCUGUGACUUUGACUUGGGCAGUGGGGUGAAACUGAAUAGCUCCUGCACCCCCAUAACCACGCCAGAGCUGACCACUCCAUGUGGUUCUGCAGAAUACAUGGCCCCUGAGGUGGUGGAGGUCUUCACCGAUGAGGCCACUUUUUACGACAAGCGCUGUGACCUGUGGAGCCUGGGCGUAGUCCUCUAUAUCAUGCUGAGCGGAUACCCGCCCUUCGUUGGUCACUGUGGGGCCGACUGCGGCUGGGACAGGGGAGAGGUUUGCAGGGUUUGCCAGAACAAGCUGUUUGAGAGCAUCCAGGAAGGCAAAUAUGAGUUUCCUGACAAAGACUGGGCACACAUCUCCAGUGAGGCCAAAGACCUCAUCUCCAAGCUCCUGGUUCGAGAUGCAAAGCAGAGACUCAGUGCUGCCCAGGUUCUGAAGCACCCAUGGGUGCAAGGGGAAUAGCAGCACCAUGGACCUGACUGUCUUCGCAGCUGA